CAAAACUCUUGGAGUGGAACUUUCCUGUCAAACAGCUUUGGGUAUAACUGUUCCUGACUAUUAUAAUCCUUUACUCUUAGCAGAUAAGCAUCAACAGAGCUAAUUUUCACGUGAGAUUUUGGAGUGAGAACAACUGAUUACACUGAAGUAUUACAUGGAAUUCUGCUUUGGACAUUAGCUGUUUGAAUACUAAGAAUCAUCUCAUCAGCCAGGAUCACUACAUUCAAAAUCUUUGAGUUCUGAAGAGAAGAGAUUUCCACAAUGAAAGAUCGAUUGGAGGAGCUGCAACAGAGGGCUCAAGAGCUGUCUGAGGCAACAGCCGACCCUGCUAAUCCUUUCUCAGUGGAGGGUGAUGGAGAUGAAUCUGUGGAAGUUGGAGGCAUUUCACAGAUGGCCGUGGUGUUCGAAGAAGAGCCGAUCAUUCAGAAUUUUCUCUCUGAGGCUCAACAAAUAAGAGAUGACAUCUCAACACUUGAAACAGAGGUCCUGAAGUUCUGUCAGCAGCAAAAGAGCCUGGUGGCAACCAUGCGCCGCUUUAGUGUGAUGAAGAAAGAGAGCAGCAUAACGCGCGACAUCAAGCUAAAGGCCGAAAGCCUCCACCGUCGUUUAGACGCCCUUUCAAAACAAGCCCAAAGAACUGAAGACCAGCUGGGAACUAAUGCUGUUGCAGUGAGAAUACAACACGCCCAGCAUGCAGCUCUCUAUCGCAGAUUUCAGCAGGUGAUGCUCCAGUAUAAUGAAGGUCUGCUGACCAAGCAGGAGCGCUGUAAAAACUUCAUUAUGCUGCAACUGGAUGUAUUGGGAAAGAAUGUUACAGAGGAGGAGGUGAAUGAAAUGGUCGCAACAGGAAAUUGGGAGGUGUUCAACGAGAACUUAAUAAAUGAUGCCAGAAUCACACGGUCACAACUGUCUGAGAUUGAGCAGCGACACAGGGAACUCUUGAGCCUGGAGAAUAAUAUGAAGGAAUUGAGGGACCUCUUCAUGGAUAUCUUCAUGCUUGUAGAAGAACAAGGGGCUGACAUUGAACACAUUCAAACCAAUGUUGAGAGGACACAAGAUUACGUUGUUGUCAUAAAUGAGAAGUUCAGGGCAGCUGCGAGGUAUAAGAAGAAGAACCCGAUUCGUCAGCUGUGCUGCUGCUGCUGUCCUCCCUGGAGAUGUUGUUUGUGAAACAUGAACAUUUUCUGCAUCACACUUUCUCCAAAAUAGGGUUUUAUUUCAAAAAGUUGCGACUAACUUGGAAUUCAGCAGCACAAGUGACAUUAAAGGGAAGGCAAAGGUAUCUGAGCUGAUGCUGCUGCUAAAAAAGAGCAAUGGUGAGGAGAGACGCAGCAGAGCACAGAAAACAAUUAGAGAGAAGGGCAGGAAUUGUAAUGGGGAGGCACUUGUUUCUUUCAGGAGGAGGUGAAGCGACUGCGAUUGGAAGAGACAGUUCAGUGAGUUCUACUCACCAACAAUGUUGCUUAUUGGAAACCUUCACUGUCAUCUGACAGAGGUCACAAACAGGAGGAGGCUACUGACACUGCUGGAUCAGCAAAACCUAUAUUCUAACAAUUUCUUCCUGAAAAACAAAAAUGAUUAUAUAUGUAUUUUUUCCCUCCCUGUGGGGUUCCAGGUAAUGAGUAGAGGAAUUUUCUUCAACUGAUGCACUUUAAGAUGUUCCUUUUUAUUAUUAAGAGUAUAAGACAAACUUGUAUUACAGUUUAUAAUUAUUCCUGGUUGCAUUUCAGAGUAUGAUUUUUUUUAUUUUACUGUUUCAUAAGGACAUAUAUUCCCUUAAUAAUAGGCAAUGUUAAAAGCAUU